AUGGCUAGCAACAAGUCACGUGAAGAUGGGCGUGCAGGAGGAGAGAUUGUGUACGGAGCUGAAGCGUGUUACCGUCAAUCGAUAGCUCUCCUUGAAGAGCUGGGAUUCCCCAGAGGUGUCCUUCCCCUCCAGAACCUUGAAGAGUGUGGAAGAGUACGUGAAACUGGAUUUGUAUGGAUGAAACAAAAGGCUCCAUUUCAGCACUUCUGUGUUGGGACUAAUACCCUUGUCAGCUACGGCACAGAGGUGACUGCAUACAUAGAGAAGUCCAAAAUGAAGAAGAUGACUGGUGUCAAGAGCAAGCAGCUCCUUUUAUGGGUACCCAUUGUUGAGAUGAGCCUCGAAGGUCCUGAUUACAAAAAAAUCCAUUUCAAAACGCCGGUGGGCAUCGGAAAGUCUUUUCCAAUCACUGCUUUCAUGACUGAAGAGGAAAAGCAGAAGUAUAUGGAGAAAGUCGUUUCUAUUGUAUUCACCAAUGGUCCUUUGCCGUAUCAAUAA